AACAUAUGAUAGAUAUUAGAUAAAUUAACAUAUGUAGAGGGUAUCUGGCUUUUAUAAAUGUGAGUAGCUAUAGAAAGAGGUAUGCUUACACUGUAUAAUCUUCACUUUGGAGAGCUUUUAUAUAAUCAUGUAAAUACAAUUAAUGUAGUAUAAUCUAUUUCACUUUGGCUCUCCAAACUGAAAAGUAAUUUUAGCAUUAUCUCCUUAUGUUCAUAACCUCUUUAAUCCUUCUUUAACUGAAGCCCUGAACAGGUUCUUUUCAUCAUAUCUUCCCAUUUUUCAGCUCGAUGUACAUUAAGCCAAGCUCUCUCAGCAUAUUAUCUCUUCUCAAAGUCUUUUGGAACAUGAAUAUUAUCAUAUCAUCACACACCAUUACUUCAGCUAAAUAUACCAAUUUCCGUGUACCAGCCUGCCUAAACAAUAUUCCAUGUUUCUAGCUACGUCGUCUACGAAAGUAGGGGUAACGAACAGUCUGUCACAGCGGCCAGGUGUGUUUCUCAACGUACGGGGUGUAGCCGGGCAGGUACAGGGUCUUCACAUACCUCGCUCUGGCUUGCAACUGUUCCUGCGUGUCCGUGUGAGCGAAGAGAAAAGCGCCAAUAGCAGCAGUAGCAGUAGUAACAAAAUUACCAAGACUGUGGGUCGGUCUCGCCUGGUGCCUGCCUCCCCUUCACCCACCUUUGAUUGUGAAUGGAUUAUAGAAGGUGAAGCUACCAGAAGAGCUGUCUUGGUCUUAGAGAUUCGCACUGGGUCCAGGGAACUUCUUAAUUCAGCAAACGUUGUUCUUGGAGAUCUUUUCACAGAGCCUGGAGUGGAAGGCAGUGUAGAGACCUGGGACCUCAAGAGAGUAAGCCGUGAUAUAUUUGGUUUACAAGAUGAAGAGAACUCCCAUGAACAAAAUAACAGUAAAUAUGCACAAAAAAGACAACAAAAUAUACACAUCGAGUCAUGGAAAGGCUUAAAUCCUGUUCUUAACGGCGAUAGGGGUCAUUUACGACUCCUAGAGAGUAACCACUGCUUUCGUGUUUCGUACAAUGCAAGGUCGAUAUACGUAGAGAACUACAUACUUAUAUAG